ACUACUUUUUUUUCUUCAUCAAACCACACUCCUUUUUUUCCAUUUCCCCAUCCCAUCCCUCUCCUUUCCUCUAUUCCUUCAAUAAUCCCCCCUUUCCACAAGCCCAUUUUCGUCAUUUCAACAAAGAAACCAUCGGCGGCGACCGCCACCAUGGACAUGAAAUCCGACCAAAUGGAAAUGAUGCUUAUGCAAAUGGACAAGCUCCCCGACUUCGCCUCCGCCUUCGACGACGACGACAGCGACACCACCACCACCCACAACAACAGCAGCUACGCCUUCGAAAACUUCGACGCCCGGUCCCCGGCGGCGUACCAAGAUCCGGCGGCGUCGAUGGCGGCAAUGAGGGAGAUGAUAUUCCGGAUAGCGGCGAUGCAGCCGGUCCACAUCGACCCGGAGGCGGUGAAGCGGCCGAAGCGGAAGAACGUGAGGAUAUCGACAGACCCGCAGAGCGUGGCGGCGCGCCACCGCCGCGAGAGGAUCAGCGAGCGGAUCAGGAUCCUGCAGCGGCUGGUCCCCGGCGGGACCAAGAUGGACACGGCGUCGAUGCUCGACGAGGCCAUCCACUACGUCAAGUUCUUGAAGAGCCAGGUGCAGUCGCUCGAGCGGGUCGCUGCGGCCCGGCCCGAGGUCGGAUUCCCCGUGCCGAUGUCGAGCGGGACCUAUUUUCCGGCGGCGGCGGCGGCGAAGGGUUACCAUAAUGUUGAAUAUUGAUAUUGGAUGAUAAAUUUGAUUAAGCUAAGGGUUAAUUGGUUAGUUAUAUUUGGAGUUUGUUUUGUGUAAAGGUAAGUCUAAUUGUGAUUGCCAAAUUAUGUCAUGCAUGCUUCUUUCUCAAUAUAAUAAUGAUCAA